UGGACUCUUUGAAUGAUUCAGUAACAGUCUAGAAACAAGAAGAGUUGAAUAGCUCUGUGAGUAGAUAGAGAAAGAACAAUAACAAAUUAAAGCUGGAAGGAAAAUAUCUCUCCAUUAAUCCUCACUCUUCAACACAACAAACAAGAAAGAUAUUAAAAUUAAGGAGAAAAAUCGAGCAAGACUCACGGACCCAAUUCUUACUUAGAUCCUCGUACACAGUAAGAAUGAUCCUUUUUUACCUGGGGAGUUGAUCAUAAUGUCCAAUCCAGUGGAGGAAAUUGUUAGUGAAACUUCUGUGGAGAAUAAGCAGAAGGCCCUUAAUAAUCACAAUGAUUCUUCUUCUUCAUCAUCAACAGAUAAUGAUUUAAAACACCCUGUCCAUAAUAAGAAGAUUCGCCUCUUUGACCGUAACAAACCCCUCCACACUGCUUUAGGUGGUGGCAAAUUUGCUGAUAUUUUACUAUGGAGGAACAAGCAGAUUUCAGGAGGAAUGCUUGCUGGUGCCACUGCCAUAUGGUUUCUCUUUGAAUGUAUUGGUUAUCAUUUGCUCACUUUGAUUUGCCAUUCUCUCAUAGUCUCCUUGGCCUUCUUGUUCUUUUGGUCCAACCUCUCCUUAUUUGUCAACAAGAGUUUUAUAGAGUUACCAAAGAUUGAAUUGCCAGAAGAGUUGUGGAUGCAAUUGGCUCUCUUACUGAGGGAUCAAUUCACCUGUGCAUUUGGUAUCUUCCGGGAAGUAGCAUCUGGAAAUGAUUUGAAGAAGUUUCUUUAUGCAAUUUUUGGUUUGUGGAUUGUUUCCACUGUUGGCAGAUGGUUCACUUUACUGACCCUUGUAUACCUCAUAUUUGCCAUGAUGUUGACUGUACCCUAUUUCUAUGAGAAGCAUGAAGAUCAAGUAGAUGCCUACGGAGAAAUGGCUAUAAAAGAACUCAGGAAACAGUAUAGUCAAGUGGAUGAGAAGGUUCUUCAGAAACUACCACUUCCUUUCUUAAAAGACAGUAAGCAGGACUGAUGCAAAUCUUCUCUCAGCCAGAUAUUGCUUGAUCACUUCAAGAAUAGAUGCAGCCUUCAACUUAUUUUUGUCUCAUAAGCAAUACUAAAUGUUAUAACACUCAGUUUCAUCUAGCAAUAUCGGCUAAUUUUCCCCCAUCCAAGCCCCUCCUAUUCUUCUCUUUCAUGCAUUUGUUGGCUGAGUUUCACUUCUAUACACUGAAAUUAUCAUGUUCAAUUUGCGGAAAUUUCUAUGAAAACAACUAGAUUUGAUAUAAUAUGCAGUGUCAACAACUAAAUGCUUGAAACAGAUCAAAGGCAACCACAUGAACAGAGUAGUAUUGCAAAUUAAAAUUGAAUGGCAUACAGGAAAUUGGGAUGGAAUAACUGUUGGAACUUACAAAAUCUCUUAGAUCACAUCAGAAUUCAGAACCAACAAAAAAAGAA